AUGACCAGGACCAAGCGCGAGGUCAUCGUGGAAGGAGUGAAUGGGUCAAUGGCCCAUUCCAAGGGGACCCUUUUGCAGGCUGUGGAUAAAAAGCUCACGCAGAGUGUCGAAGGACUAUUGGGUAACCUUUGUUGGUAUGCAGCUGUCAGACUGGGUCACUGGUUGCUACCUAGCGAUAACGGUGAAGCUAUCGCGGGGAAGCUGGGUCUGAUCGCAUCGCAGCGCCUGAGCCUGAUCUCCAGACAUCUGGAUCAGAGACUCCCGCUGCCGGAACUUAACACCCCAUUCUCGACCGAAAGGAACGCCCAGACUCCCGACGACGCCGAUUAUAAACCCCCCGAUCGCUCUGCUCCCCCGCUCCAUACUUCUUCAACUUCUCAUUCUCAACCCCCCUCGUCUCCUGUUGCCAAAAUGUCGACUCAAGCCCCUCACCCCACCCUGCUCAUUCCGGGCCCCAUCGAAUUCGACGAUGCUGUUCUUCAAUCCAUGGCCCAUUAUGCCGAGAGCCAUGUCGCCCCUGGUUUCGUCAAGACCUUUGGAGAGACAUUGACUAUGGUCCGGAAGCUCUUCCAGUCUACAAACCCCGCAGCUCAGCCGCUUGUUGUCUCUGGCAGCGGCACUCUAGGCUGGGAUGUCGUGGCUGCUAACCUCGUCGAGAAGGGCGAGAACGCUCUUGUCCUACACUCCGGUUACUUCGCCGACUCAUUCGCAACCUGCUUGGAAACAUACGGGGCCAACGCUACACAACUGAAGGCACCAAUUGGAGACCGUCCAUCUUUCGAAGCAAUUGAACAAGCAUUGAAGGAGAAGCCAUACAAAAUCGUCACAGUUACCCAUGUCGAUACGUCUACUGGUGUUCUGAGUGACAUCAAGAAGGUUACAGAGGUUGUCCGCCGGGUCAGCCCCCAGACUCUCGUAGUUGUGGACGGCGUGUGCAGUGUCGGCUGCGAGGAGAUUGCCUUCGACGAAUGGGAUCUGGAUGUGGUCCUAACCGCCAGCCAAAAGGCCAUCGGCUGCCCUCCCGGUCUCAGCAUCCUCAUGCUUUCCGGCCGGGCAGUUGAGACCUUCAAGGGCCGCAAGACCCCGCCAUCCUCAUACUACUCCUCCUUGGCCAAUUGGAUCCCCAUCAUGCAGAACUACGAAAACCUCAAGCCCUCCUACUUUGCCACCCCUCCCACUCAACUCGUCCACGCUCUCCACACCACCCUAUCCCAGAUCACAUCCCGGCCGGUGUCAGAGCGCUUCGCGGCCCACCGCCAGGCCUCUGAUCGCGUCAAGGCCGCCGUUGCCGAUCUUGGCCUGCAGCAGCUAGCCUCGAAGACUGAGAACCAGGCUCACGCCAUGACAGCAAUCUGGCUCCCCGAAGGCCUGACCCCGCCAGAUGUUCUCCCCGGCCUCCUGAACCGUGGUGUCAUCUUUGCCGGUGGUCUGCACAAGGAAGUUGCAACCAAGUACAUCCGCUUCGGACACAUGGGUGUUAGCAUUACAGACCCCGCUCGCGGUGACGUUGAGAAGGCUAUCGAAGCCCUCAAGGAAUCUCUUGCCGAUACGAAGAAAGCCAAGGGUCUGUAAAUGUAGAUACUACUAGAUAGAAUAGCCCAAACCUACAAAUUUCCAGAUCAAUACGUGUUCAAUCAAAGUACUAAGGGCAAUGAAUGAAUAUAGUACGGGCUUCCCCUACAGAAAUUGGAGCCACUGGCUUUUCCUAUCAUCAAGGGCGGGGCAUGUUUCCCGUUGGCCGAGUUCGGAGGCCAGUACAUAACUAUGACGAACUAUGGAAAGUGGACCUCGGGAGUCAUGCCGAUUAGAGUCAUUGGAGUAAAUUAACCC